AUGGAAGGUCUUAAAGAUUUGCUUGCUCCUAAAACACUCCACUGGCUAAGUUAUGUGGCAAAUGUAUUUUGGAUUUUGCUCGGAAUUAUCCUAUCAGCAAUCUUUCUAGACAUUGAAAACAGCGAACCAAGAUUUGACUUUCGUUGUGGCUCAAAUGGCGACAAGGAACUCAUUCGUGGAAAGUGUUACGAACAGUACGAUAAACAAUACAACAAAUUCCCUGUUUAUGGAUUCGUGAUUAUUAACUUUCUUGUAACUGCAAGUGUUUGUGGAAUAUACUCACAAGCGGUGAAGUCGAAAGUUGAGGAACUUGAAAACAGCACUGUCAACACUAGAAACGAGGAUGAUGAUGCAGAAGGGCAAACUCCCCGGAAAAAGCUAUUUAAAGCGUACAGUUUGCAACUUCUUGCCAGAUUUGUUCUCGGGAUUUCUUUUGUCCUCCUGCAGACCAAAUUACUUUAUCCUCUCAGCUUUCCCUCGAACUUCAAUUGUAACUUAACGAGAGACGAGAAGUUUUCAGAGAUCACGGCUAGUGGGUCUCGCAACGGAACACAAAUGCAAACGUCAUACGAAUGUCAUAAUCAACGAGCAGCUAAGAAGACCUUCUGGCAUGAUGCCGUGAUCGUUUUAACCGGAACGUUUGCGUUUUUUGUGUUUAUCGAGUCUCUCUUUAUGUUAUUACGUGCAAGAAAUGUAAAAGACUUUAUGGAAGACCCGAACUUUCAUAAAUAUUAUCUGAAUUCGAAUCAGCAGUUAAAUGCCCCUCCGGCAGAACCCGAAGAGUUAAGCGCCAUCAUCGAUUAUGACAGUCACACCAAUCCACCAUCUACCUCUCCAACUGACAACGAUUCCCGGUCAGAACAGCAACAACAAGAGUUUAACAAGGAAGACCCGAACUUUCAUAAAUAUUAUCUGAGUUCGAAUCAGCAGUUAAAUGCCCCUCCGGCAGAAUCCGAAGAGUUAAACGCCAUCAUCGAUUAUGACAGUCUCACCAAAAAUCCACCAUCUACCUCUCCAAUUGACAACAAACCCCAGUCAGAACAACAACAGCAAGAGUUUAACAGUCCAUCAGUAGCCACUUUCAUCGAACGUAUGAAGGAACAUGUCCGGAGUGUCACCGGAAAAGCCUACACAGAUCCUGCUGCACCUUUCCAUUACAAUCCGGGUGAAGGCUCAAAAAGAGAUCUAAAGCUUGACCACAUCUACACCGAUUUGAUUAUUCAUGAAAACAGAGCUUUGUAUGAAUUUAGUGCAGAUAGAGAGGAACAACUGAAAGAAUACCACAGACCCAGAGAAGAGUCACGAUCAACACGGCCGGGAGAUAUUUUUGAUGCUGAUAAACGGAAUAUUCUUGUUGUCGGUCGUCCUGGAAUUGGAAAAACUAUGUUUUGCACAAAGAUUCUGCGCAAUUGGGCAUCCGAUUACUUGCUCAGUGAUGCACAGAAAUCUGAAAUGGAUUUGAAACUCGCUUUCCUCUUUAAGUUUAGGAAGUUUAACUACACAAACGAAAAAGUCAGUCUUCGCAAAUUCCUGGACGCAUCGGAGUAUUCUAAACUACCUCUAUCCGAUGAAGUUUGGCACUACAUUAUUGACAACCCAGACAAAGUACUCGUUAUAUUUGAUGGAUUUGACGAAUAUUCUGGAAAGGCUAAAAUCAAUGUUGAUGACAUUUCGAUCAAUAACAAUGUAGAAGACUCGAUGCCUCUUCAUUCCCUGUACAAGAAGAUAUUAUCAGGAAAAAUCCUUCCCGGUGCUACAGUCUUAACGACCACAAGACCAACCGCCGUGUCAUUCUUUGAAGCACCUAUUGCCUUUGAAAGAAUAGUUGAAAUUCUGGGAUUCAACUCUGAUAAAGUGGAAGAGUACGUGGACAAAUUCACAAAAGAGAAAGGCGAUGAUGGCAAAGGAGAAACCAUAAAGCAACACAUCAGAAGUAGCCUUAACCUCCAAUCCUUCUGCUACAUUCCUGUGAAUUGCUUCAUCAUUUGUUCCUGCUUGUUGCACUUGCUGAACUCACCCGUCUCCGGCUGCCUUCCUACAAGACUAACCGAACUAUAUUCCAUAGCCAUCAAGAUUUUUUACUUUUGUCACGAUGAUAUCCAAAGCCGUUACCCAUCACAUGAAGCUCAACAGUUUUAUUUAAAGCCAUUUAAUGCAUUACCAGAACAUGUGCAAAAAUUGUUUAAGAGACUGGGAGAAAUUGCUUUUCAAGGAAUCAAAGAAGGAAGACUCAUUUUCGAAUCAGGCGAAGUCGAUGACCAAGAAAACAAUGGUUUGUUCCACCGUUUACCUGAUAGUUUUAGCGGUUUAGCGGAAGGACGAGCACAAUAUUGUUUUUUACACUUGACGAUGCAGGAGUUCUUAGCGGCGAAGUAUUUGGUGGACACGUACAGUUCCGAAGACCUGCAGAAGUUUGUUUCCGAUCACAUCCAGGAUGGCGCGUGGAAGGUUGUGAUGCAGUUUGUGGCUGGACUGCUGGCUGAAAAAGAAGGACAAUCAACAGAUAUUUUCAGCGACCUUCUUCCCUCAGAAACUGUUACUAAUGAAGUUGAAAUCAAGAUGAAUGAAGAUUCAGAGGAACGAACUGAAACACUGACCUGUUGGCCAGCUGACGAUGAACGCAGGUUAUUAGUGGUGACGCUAUUCAAUUGCAUGUAUGAGAACAAAGCCUCUGAUCGAAAAGUUCAAAAGAAACUGGCGAAAAUUGGUUGCAAUGCGCUUGAUUUUAUUGGCUGUAACCUGUCACCUCUCGACUGUUUAGCAUUAGUGCAUGCACUUAAAUCUGUUGAAGGAAUUUUGUAUUUUGAUUUAAGGCUCAACAACCUUCAGUCGCUAGGAUGUAUUGAGAUUGCGAAGUUGUUACCUGGCAACCAACGCAAUCAGGGUUUUUGCGAACUAAAAAGAUUAGAACUCUGGGAGAACAACAUAACUGAUGAAGGAGUAAAACAUUUAUCCACAGCACUCACAAACACUAACUGCACACUAAACAGCUUAAACCUCGGGGAUAACAACAUAACUGAUGAAGGAGUAAAACAUUUAGCUACAGCACUCACAAACACUAACUGCACACUAAACAGCUUAAACCUCGAGUAUAACAACAUAACUGAUAAAGGUAAAAAUCUCGUAAAGUCAAUGAACAUAAGCUGUAAAGUAAUUUCUAACUUUUCUAAAAGGUAA